UUGUAUUUGUUAUUUACGAAUCAAAUAAAUAAUAUUCGUUUUAUUUGUCUUUUGAAGAAUAUUUAUUUAUAUACGUAACUAGAGACCCGUCCCGGCUUCGCUCAGGUGGGUCACGUAAUUGAAAUUAAUUAAUUUGAAGUACAGGGAAAAGGAGAACAAUAGGGGAUCGGUCUUUGGUCGCAUUAGUGUGAGUACGAUCUUAUGGCGAUGUCUCGGGGAAAUGGUACUUCAUUGUUACAACGUAGAAGAACAAAAACAGUGAAAGAUCGUAUGAAGCAAAGUGAAAGUGACGUUGGAAAUACAGAAAUGGAUGAAGAAAAUGUGGACGAUACAUUACCUUUGAUAGUUACUGAAGACCAGUCUAAUAACAAGCUGAAGAUCUUCAACGCUGCCUUGAACCUUCUGAUACAUAUCCUCAUUGGAGCUACUGUGGGAAUAGCAUUGCUGUAUAGCUUCAAGAAGGGUCCAAUGAAUGCUACUACAAUUCACAUCGUACUUUGUGUUCUCGGGUACCAACUCCUUAUGGCUCAAGCAAUUCUAUGUCUGUCACCUCACAAUAGCUGGUCAUCUUCUCUAAAGCUACUGCAAAAACGCCAAGCACACUGGAUCCUACAGAUCUUGGGGUCAGCUCUGGCAAUUGCAGGCAGCUUCGUUAAGAUUCUAGACAAAACGUCACACUGGAAUACUCUUCAUGGACAAUUUGCUCUCGUCGCAUUGGUCUUCACAGUAGCGUCACUCGUCAACGGCAUCACAUCCCUCUAUGCCUACGAGCUCCGUCGCAUCAUGCCCGGAACCCUUUCCAAGAUCACCCACAUUAUCUUCGGAACUGUCGCCUUCGGGGCCGCUUGCAUCUCCCUCUGCUACGGCUUCGACAAAGGUUCCUUCAGGAAAUGGGCCUCGGCACCUAUGGCUGCAACUGUCAUCACAUUCACUGCUACAUUCACUUUCAUUAUUAUUGUCAACCCACUAGUAAUUUUUGUCGAUAAAACUCUUAGGGUUAUAAGAAGAUAAUCCUGAAUUGAAACUAACAUAUUAUUGGAUACGUUGAUCUUAAAGAUGUUAAAGAAAUUAGAUCUUUGAAAAGACGAAUCAGUUUGGUUCGGUUCUUUUGGGAUUUUUUUCAUACGAUCAUCUCAUUAUUUGUCUUCAACAUUAUUAUUAUUGGUGCUACUAAAAUUGUACGUCAAUCAGAAUCAAAAUAAUAAUUGAUUUCUCGUUAUCGUGUUUAGAGAUGUUUAUUAUUUGCAGCAUAUGACCGUUAAUUACAUUUCUAUCGUCAUAAGUCGAUAUGAUUAUUGAGUAAUACUAGGAACUAAUUAGUGAACUGCAUGGAUAAUAAUUACGUGAAUUGUAUCGUGUAUUACUUAGAUAAUAUUAGGCGUAUUAUUGAUAAGAAGUACGUGAUAGAUUGGGCAUUUCGUACUGAUUAUUGAUACUGACUGAAUCAUCUUAUAGUUUUCGUUAUAUUUAUAUAUAAAAUACAAAGAUGUGAUUAAUCAAACUGAUGAAAAAUGCAUGUUAUUGUUACCUUUAUCCCUGCUCUACUUGCGCAAGACUGUCCCAUAAAAACAGUUUUUUUAUUAACAAAAUAUCUUUGCCCAGCAAUGUGACAAAGAGUAAUUCAAAAAUAUAAUCUUCAAAAAUAGUAAAAUUAAAAUGAGAGCUAGUGAAGAGCUCGAUAAGAAAUAAAUAUUUACAACAUUGUAAAUAAUGUAAGCAAAUAAAUGGUUUUGGCCUUUGUCUGUUUUGAAUGUAACGAAUGUUUAAUUUUUUUAUUUUAUUAAUUUAAUAAUUAAGAUUUGCGAGUAUUGUUCGUAUCAGCGCAUUGUUUCAUUCAUACCGUAAUAUUUCACAAAUAAAAUAGUUUUUAUAUUGACAUUCCGGUAUUAUGAAUAAACUGGUAAUAUUGAAAAUUGUUCCGUCAGUCAUUUGUUUGUAAAACAUAGGUUUUAUAUAUGAAUUCGGUAAUUCAGCAACACCUACUCGUACAAGCAGUAGGUUACGCCUAGUUGUAAUCAUUGAGGCGCCGCAGCUGUCUUCAGUAUUUAGCCGUAACAUACAUAUACAUUAUGUGAGAUUUUGUGAGAUUUUUCAGGGUAGUGGUCAAUGGAAAUUCCUAGUCUAUGCUUACCUCCAUGGGCUACAGGCGUGAUAAUAUGUAUGUAUAUCCAUUAAGUCGGUGAUGAUUACUUAUAGUAUCACUAUGAUUUACCUCCAAUAAGGCGUAAAUUAAGAAUUACAUAACGUAAUUAAUACUUGUUCUCAUUAUAAUCAAUAAUCGUGAGGUACGACAUAGCGUUAACUCCUUUCGCCUAGUUAUUCCAAAUCAAAUCAAAUCAAAUCAAAUCAUUUAUUCAGAAAUUAGGCCUUCACAGGCACUUUUUCACGUCAUAUUCUAAAUUAAAUGAUGUUUACCAAAGCUACAAACUACUAGCAUUUCGGAACGACCACUGCUGAGAAGAAAUGCCGAAAGAAACUCAUUCAAACAGUGUUGGUCCCUAUUAUGCCAGAAGGGCUUACCAUUUUUUAAAUAUAAAUUUAUGUAUAAUUUUUUAUCAGUAAUAUAACAAUGUAAGUACACAAUAAAGUACAUGGUCAAAAGGUAUACUGAAACAUAUUAUGAUA